AUGCUGAAAUGGCUGAGUCUUGAUGAACUUUCAGAGUUCAAGCAUGAAUCUGUUCUACUGAUAUAUGCUACGACGUUACAUGUCGCCACAACGACCCGCAUUGGUGGAUCCAUAUUCGAAACUGGCCGCUUUCAACUCACCCAAACUAUGGCCACCGGCGGCAUCUCAGGCCUUUACGGCUUGCAAUACUCUCUACCCUAUGCAGAAACCUGUAGUAGUCGUGCGCCUCGACCGACGACUUGCACACCAUCUUCCACUCCACUCGUCACCCAUCCGGAAAAUUCGGUUUGA